UAGGACUAGGCAGCCUGGAGAGAUGGUCAGGUGACUGCUCACGGCGAUUGGCUGUGGGGCGUCCAUCCCGCUGUACAUCCGUCAUUUCUCUUCACCAACGCACCUCCUGCUCUGUCUGCUGCUCUGCCAUUCACUUGGCCCUCUUCUCCGUUGCCUCAUAUUCACCUGCAUCUUGACACUGGAUCCCCACUCCCCUGCUCUUCUUCGGGGUUCCCGCUCUCCUUCCAUCCCCAUACCUCUUCCUGGUCUCACCUGGGUCUCUCUCUUGCCUCCGAAGAUCUCGAGCCUCGAUUUCGCAAAGAACCGAAAGAACCGACCAAAAUGUCGCUGUGUCAGAAUCGCCUGACUGAGGAGAGAAAGCAAUGGCGCCGUGACCAUCCUUUCGGCUUUUAUGCGAAACCCAACCGCAACGCGCAGGGUGUCUUGGACUUGAAGAAGUGGGAAUGUGGAAUCCCGGGAAAGAAGGAUACAAUCUGGGAGGGUGGAAUGUUCAAACUGGAUGUCACUUUCCCCGAUGAGUAUCCUACCAAACCUCCUAAAUGCAAAUUCAACCCUCCUCUCUUCCACCCCAACGUGUACCCGUCCGGCACCGUUUGCCUUUCAAUUCUGAACGAAGAAGAGGCCUGGAGGCCCGCCAUCACGAUCAAGCAGAUUCUGAUCGGCAUCCAAGAGCUCCUCAACGACCCGAACCCCGAAUCGCCGGCGCAGGCGGAAGCCUACAACAUGUUCCGAAGGGACCGGGCGGCGUAUGACAGCAAAGUGAAGCAGAUCGUGAAGGACAACCCGGGGCAUUAAGGAAAGAGCGGGGAAAUGAUUGGGCAAUGCGCUGGUUCUUUUUCCUUUUCUGUUCCAUGAUAUCCUCUCUUAUGUCUUUUCUUUUUUUUACCCCCUUUCUGUUCGGCUGCCAUCUUGCAUUUUUGCUCUUGAUCUCCUGGAUUUGUGUCGAUCUCGGAUGAUUUUCUGAUCAAUAUCAUGAACCUAUAAGUUGGGUCUUUUGUGAGGACCGAUCGCAAGACACUUGCUCAUGCGGGAGUUAGCCAGGCUGCAUAUCGCAUUCUGUGGCGACGGAGCAUCUCUUUCUUUGUCUUCUACUAGCGAGCAAGGAGUUUAGAAUCAACUAAAAUGGGUGGAUAUGCA